GCAACCCCUCAUUUUACAGAUGAGAGAGAAAAGACUAGAGAAUAGAGAAGGCAGGGAUCUGCCCAAGGUCACACAGAGCUAGUUCCUGCACUGGGACCAGACCCUAGGUAUGCCAGCAUUCAGUGCACCACACUGCAUGAAUUACUGCUCCCAAAACCAAGCCACCUUGUCUGCCCAAGACACCAAAUCUGGCUCCACCGGGAACAUAGAAAACUUCCCACAAGUUAGAAAGAGAUGUCCUUUCUGACCAGAGUCAAAGUUUCCCCGGAAGCCUAUCUAGCCCAGCUUCCCCAUUGGCUCAUGGGAUCCACCCCUUCAGGGUUCCUCCCCCUGCUCUGCAGCUCUGAGAGAGGGGACAUUCCUUGAGAGGCCAAGGGUCACCACAACACCAUGACUGAGUCUGGCAAGCCCAUCCUGUACUCCUAUUUCCGGAGCUCCUGCUCAUGGAGAGUUCGAAUCGCUCUGGCCUUGAAAAGCAUCGACUAUGAGACGAUCCCCAUCAACCUCAUAAAGGAUGGAGGCCAGCAGUUCUCUGAAGAAUUCCAGGCACUGAAUCCCAUGAAGCAGGUGCCGGCCCUGAAGAUCGAUGGCAUCACCAUUGGCCAGUCACUGGCCAUCAUUGAGUACCUGGAGGAGACUCGGCCCACUCCACGACUCCUGCCUCAGGACCCGAAGAAGAGAGCCCACGUGCGCAUGAUUUCCGAUCUCAUCGCCGGCGGCAUCCAGCCCCUGCAGAACCUGUCUGUCCUGAAGCAAGUGGGACAGGAGAACCAGCUGACCUGGGCCCAGAAGGCCAUCACUUCUGGCUUUAACGCUCUGGAGCAGAUCCUGCAGAGCACAGCAGGGAGGUACUGUGUGGGAGACGAGGUGUCCAUGGCUGAUCUCUGCUUAGUGCCUCAGGUGGCAAACGCUGAAAGGUUCAAGGUGGAUCUCACUCCCUACCCUACCAUCAGCCGCAUCAACAAGACGCUGCUGGCCUUGGAGGCUUUCCAAGUGUCUCACCCCUGUCGGCAGCCAGAUACACCCCCUGAGCUGAGGGCCUAGCCCUCAAACUGUGCCCCAUGGGUGAGGGGGCAGGAAAGGGGUACAGGAGCAGAAGCUAGGUAGGCUGAACAGGCCUGGAAACAGGCAAGCCCUAGGUGGAGAAGCAGGAAAUUUGAACUCCUAGCCCUUGAACUUGAAGUCUAGCCCUGGACCUGCCUUCCCACUGAACCUCUUUGUGCUUCCAGUACCCACAGUCUGUCGAAUGUGGGUAGGGUGGGGGAGAGGAUGCUGGGAGGGAGGAAGCCAGGAACAUUACCUAUUACCUAUGUCAUGGGCAGUCAUGAAGAUGCAGGCACAGUGUAGACUAAAAUGCCUAGCAAGUUCACCGGAGAGAAGUCAGGAAGCCCGAGCGCCUCUUCCCUUCCCUGAGACUGUACCUGACUACAAAGAAUGUCCACACUGAAAUACGGUAAUUAAACUGAAGCCCAGGCCUCUAGGUUAUAUUCAGUUAAGAUGCUUUCCAGAAAACGAACAUUCUUCCUAGCUGGAAUCCCCCUGUGUCUGGGCCAGGAGAGGAAAUCAGCCAGCCACUUGCCCACCCUGUGGUAGGCCUGGCCCCUGGCACUUAAGAGCACUGGAGAGAAAGAAGUUCAAAAGCCUGCCUGAGAGAACCAGACCCAGAUGCAGAAGAGAACAGAUAGAAAAAGCAGAAGGCGCCUGGGUGGCUCAGUUGUCUGAGCGUCCCAGUUCCGCUUGGGUUAUCAUCUUGUGGUCUGUGCGUUCGAGCCCCGCAUCGGGCUCUGUGCUGACAGCUCAGAGCCUGGAGCCUGCUUCGGAUUCUGUGUCUCCCUCUAUGCCCCUCCCCCACUUGCUCUGUCUCUCCCUCAAAAAGAAAUAAAACAUUAAAAAAAAUUUUUUUUUUUUUUUUUUAAGGAAAAUUAGGAAAGAGAGCAUUUUGUGACCAGCUAAGUUUCCAGGGCUAGAAUGGUACUAUUAAGUGUUGACUGGAACACGGAGAGGAAAGUUGGCCCACAUCCUUAGGGGCAGCAUUCUCCGGAUCAGUCCCAGGAGUAAGCACUUCAAAUAAAUCCAGUCGUGAAUGGCCUUGGGAAUUGGAGGCAGGCUCCUGCGUGGGCAGUGUGAACAGCCACUGAUCAGGAUGGCUCAGGACCCCAACCAGGUAGCAGCUCACCUUGAGGUCCCUUCUGGAAGUGGAAUCAGAUGACUUUUAUGUCCUGUACCUGAGAUUUCAUUUCCCCUGCAUGGCUAGGGUUUAAACAGUGAACUGAGAUCGAUGUGUCUGGUUCAAAUGGAAGCCGCCACUCUCAGCCGAGUCCCUACAGCCCUGAUCCCAGAGUACCUAGUUCUCCCAUCAUCCCCUUUGUGGCCUCUUCUUUCCUGAAUUUGGGUUCCAGGCUUUAGAAUGACCAAAGUGGGCCACUCUUGUUCCCAAGCUGUGUCUGUCCUGGCAGAGCCAGAAAAAAGCACAGGACAGUAGGUGAGGCACAGCAGUGACAAGGGAGACUCGGCGGUUCCUCCUGUCCUGCCGCCAUCUUUCCCUCAGCUUACCCCAGACUUGCCUGGCUGGGUAAAGUUCACCUGGCCUCCCUCCAGAAAACCUUGACUCAAGAAACUAAUCUCAGCCCAGGGAUCAGGACUGGCACCUGACUUGGACAUUUGAAGUUGAAGGUGAUUACAGCCCCCAUGGAUUUUAAAGACAGAACGAACUCUGGGGAAAGGAGGCUGGCCACUUCAGGCUGUGCUCCCAUAGCCCCAUGGCAGUCAGCCUUCCUGGCUCUGGAGAGACUGGAGAGACACCUAUCUCCUCACAGAGAUAGGUGAGGAGCUGUGGGCAAGGCCAGACGGGCUGCUGCCGCCACUUCCCUGGGAUUAAGGAGACAGCUGGCUCUGCCCCUCGCCAGCAGACACCUUGGGAGCCCAGAUGAUUGGAACCGAUUUCCAACACUGCUGAGGUUACCAGGUUCCUCCACCCCUUCCUCCUCCCAGUCCCAUCUCCGGGCAACAGACAGAGAGACUUCCGGGAAAGCAGGGAACUAGACAGAGUCUGCAUCCAGGACAGGGCACUGAGACAGACAACCUGAGACCACUCCUCCUGCCCUGAAUGAUUCUAGAGAGAAUUAGAUACAGUGAAGGGGGGGAAUGGGUUUUCCUGGAAGAAAAGUGGUGGCUGUCCUACUCCAGCUAGUAAUGGAUUUGCCGCCCCCUCCAUUCAGUCCACCAGCUUGCGGUGAGCCUUCCCAGGUGACCCUCCCACCACCCCCCACCCCGGCUGGGAGCAGGGAUAUGUGGCCGUGCCACAGAGAAUGUGGUAGACAUGGCCCUUGCUCUUCCUGAGCUUUUGUCCCUCCCCUUACUGGUGGAAGUUUAAUUGGCAUGUGAACUCCACCACCCAACAGGCCCACCAUUGCUUCUCUGCUUGUCUGUCUGAUCCAAGAUGACUUCUAAGAGUUCAGUUUAGGUCUUCUCUUGGACACUACCAGAUAUUAACCCUUUUAACCUGGGACUCUAUCAGCCUAAAACUGGUGGCAAGAGCUUAAUGGGUUUUAAGGAAAUCUCAAAUCAGGGGAAGAGGUGAUACAGCCUCUGUUGUCAAAACAUGGAAACCAUCCCUCAUCUGUGGCACACUUUCCAUAUUUUUCUCAUAGUUCCCAUAGUUUGGUCCUCUGAUUCAACAGGAAGUUUCUGGUACGUGUCAAAUGUAAGGUGAAUACCAGCUGUGGGUGGGUAGGGAGGAGAGAGAUGAAUUUGUGGCUUUUCCUCUAGGCUCAGCAGACAUCCUUGGAGUCCCAUUUCUGAGGCGCUCCUUUCUAUCUGGCUCUCCCCAGAGCCCCCACCCCCAAACUCAGACAAACCUGACCUUCUCCACAAAAACCAGAAAUGUGUCUACGGCAGAGAAAGAAACUCGCUCCGGGCUCCUGCGAGGUGACUCACCUGGACCUUGCUGGUACUUGCAGCAUCCCCGCAUCCUUCACCUGCACCACCCAGAGGAAGUGCCUAAACCUUUGUGGCUCUCGGCUGCACUGGCUUUAGGAGGACAGUCGUCUAUCUUCCCACCUCACGACGUUUUUGUAAAGAUUUUUGUAUUUGAAAGACAGAACCUAAGCCCUGGGAUCUCUCCACACAGCUGGCAGCACCACGGGCUGGUCUCGGGACCGGGCUGGGACCACCAUGGCUGCCUUCUUCACCGAGACCUGAGGACAGUGCCUGAGCUCUCGAGGGCCCACGACAACUCUGGGUGUCUCCUGCGGGCUAGGGCACCGGACCUGUUGAGGAAGUGCGGGAACUGGAGAUGAGAUUUGGGGGCCUGCAAGAGAAGGCAAGCGGGAAGGGGGGGGAAAGGGGGGGAGCCACCAGUGCAGGGUGAACUGAGGGAUGGAGGAGGGGAGUGUGGAAAGGGGCGAUGGGAUGCGCAGAGGCUCUGGCCUUGCCGAAGGACCACAGCCCGAGAAAGGAGAGCGGUCUGGUUUCUGGGCCUGUGGUUUUGAGUCAGAGUGAGGCUACCACUCCAUGUGUUCCAGCCCCGGGCCGUCUGCGGAGUCCAGGUCACCAGCACAGUAAGCUGACCCGCCCUUGAGGGAUGUGGAGACCUGAGAUUUUGCUGGCUUCAGCCCUCCCCAUCGGGAACUGUCCUCCGGGGCCCUGUGGCUGGUUUCAUGGGAGGAAGGAGAACCCUCUUUAUUCCCAGAAGAACUUAGCUGUGCUCCAGGGAGGGGAGUAAAAGAAUGUGGCCUUUCUAAGCCAUCUUCCCUGCAUGAGAGCUGAGUGCUCUCAAACUCCUAUAGGACUGUACUCCCGACCUCCCUGUGACCCCCGUGCCACACAAGGUGACUAGCGUUACUAUGUAAGGGCAUGUUAGAUGGAAACAUGUCCUUCCUGUGCAGCCAUGGCUGGCCACCCCCUCCCCUCCCAGAAUGUCCCUCUCUUCUUUGGGGGGCCCUAGAAGAUCAUGAAGGAGCAAAUAUUUCCCUAAGUACAGAGAUGACUUAGAGGUCAAGCCAAAUGGUCCUGGGACUUGGCAAUAAUUAGGAUUCUCUAAAGUGUUUUGAAAACUGCCUCUUCUGUGACUCCCUUAGGUCUGCAAAUAAGUGGUUUUCAGGGGUCAGAUAUAUCUUUCAAUUCAAAACCAUCACCUAUUUAGGGCAUGUUUCCCAGCAGGAGCCUCUUUCCAAAGGCUGAGUGGGUGGUAAAUGGCAAGUCCUUCAUUCCCACCUCAGUCGUCAGACCUGUGGGGAACAACUGGCAGAUCCCUGACCUGGUAUGUCAGAGGCCACAGGGAGACCUGAUCUGCAGUCACAGUGGGAGUGGCCACAGGGAAUGGCCGGCAGAUGCUGGAGUGGUAAUUAGGUGUGGAGGGUCUUUCACCUCUACGGAAGCGGGAAAUCCCGGCAAAUACUUGAGAAGGAUGAAACCAGGAAGGAGGUGCUUCCCGGACACACUUGAGAACAAAGCAAAAUAUACGGGAUUUUGUUCCAAAGCAAUUUGACAUAUCCAUUAAGGAAAGUAGUACACUUAUUGAACACGCAGGUGGAUACACAUACUCAGAAGGACUCAUUGUAUCGGCUCCUCCUAACUUUUAAACAUAACUUACUUAGCUCUCAUUCCAAAGUCACCAGCGGGCAUCAUUCCACUGCCAGAGAAUAUGUGAACUAACAUGGCUGCCGAGUUUAGCCGGAACCUCAUAGGUUAAAGAACAUAAGACUAAAUGUCAAGAGCCGCAACAUAUAAUCCCGAGCCGUGUCCGGGUCAAUGAUGUGACAGAAAUGAAUGCCUUUAAACGUUAAACAAUAACCUUCAAUGGGCGCCUGGGUGGCUCAGUUGGUUGCGCAUCCAACUUCAGCUCAGGUCAUGAUCUCGCGGUUUGUGAGCUCGAGCCCCGCAUCAGGCUUGCUGCUGUCAGCCUCUCAGCGCAGAGCCCAAUUUGGAUCCUCUGCCUCUGUCGCCUCUCUCUGCCCCCACCCCGCUUGUGCUCUCCAAAAAAUAAAUGUUUAAAUAAAAAAUAACCUUUAAUAUAUUAUGACUUAGCCAUUACAUAUUCAGCAUAGCCAAACAUAACUCAUAAAAGGCCCCUAGCUCCAUGUAGUCUGCCUGGGCUUUUUAUGGUUGGUUGUGUCCUAGUUUGGUGGGCAGAUCAUAUCCACUUAACUCACAAUUAUUUCCAAUCUCUUCCUCCCUUAUACAGCAGCCUCUAAAAUACGACCCAAAGGAAAACAGAGAGAGCUCUAAUAGGCUUGUCUUAGAAUCACAGAUCUCACUAAAGUAAAGAUUUCAAAGGUGCUCCUUCCUCCUCAGACAGGAGUCUUUCUCAUUUUGUAAUAAAUACCAGAGACACACAUAGGCAGCAUUUUAAGAGAUGUCUAAGACAUUUUUAAAAUGUCAUUUAAGUGUCAUUUUUAAAAUGAAAAAAAGGCUGAAUUAAUAUCACCCGGACUGCGUUAAUGAUUACCCUGGUGUCAAAAGUACCAGUUCCAAAUUUGAACACAGUAAGCUCAUUGGAAAAUGAACAUCACUGGAAACCAAAUACUGAUAAAACUAUAAUGUUCUAUUUAGUAAUCAUUACUGCGCGCCCACCUGUUCUGCCCUCGGGCCAAACCCAGUCCCCAGUUCGUAAUACUCUGCGCCAUGAAUUUAAACACGGCUGAAAGAUCUAUCAUUAAUCUUUCUCAAUCUUUUCUUAAUUGUUAAUUUUUCUUAAUUUUUAUAAUCAAGAGAUUACAGAAUUACUCACACAGAUUUACAGAAUACCUUUCUUCCAGGAGGAAUACAAAGAUGAAUAAAAAAUGUCAAAUGUAAAUCAGGUUAAGAUAUAAGUCAAAUGUUUCAGGUGCAUAGUGAAAAAGUUUAUUUAGGACAGAUUUCAAAACUUGGAAGAGAAGACAAAGAAUGCACAAAAGCUUCACAAAACAGUUACGGAAUAUAAAAACACAAGAACUGAGCUA